CAUCCGUGCGCAUAUAUGGACUUCCAUGAUUCUUCAGCAACUGACACUUCCCACUUCCUCAGCGGUCUCUGAGUAGACCAGCAGAGCAAGAAUGGCGACCACACUGGUCAUGCAGCUCAUGUUGCUGUUACUACUGCCAGUGACUCGAGUCUCAGCUCAGGAGCAGCAGCAGGUUGUGCGGCCUGGCUGCCGUGACAAGUGCGGCAACAUCACCAUCCCCUACCCCUUUGGCAUCGGCGCCGGCUGCUUCCGCAACGACGGUCGAGGUGGCUUCGAGCUCGAGUGCAAUGACUCACGCUCAACACCGCGGCUCACCGUGGCUGGCAAUGGGAUCCGCAUAACCAGCCUGUCCAUCAUCGCCGGCGAGGCCAGGGCCCUCCUCAGAGCAACACGCCGAUGCUAUGACAGCAAGGGGCGCAUCACCGGCAGGAGCGGCGACACGUCCGUACCACUCAUUGGCAGCCACUACCUCUUCUCCCAGACCAGGAACCGCCUUGUUGCGCUUGGUUGCUCCAACCUCGGCUACUUCGUCGACAUCGCCGGCUACUACGUCAGUGGGUGCAUGGCCGUGUGCGGGCCGCAACAGUUCAUUGAGUUGGGGUCCUGCACAGGCGUGGCCUGCUACCAGAGCACGAUACCCCCCGCUAUCGACUACUACGAGCCAUACGUGCUCGACUUCACAAAGGAGCAGACAAACAAAGGCAUAGUCUCCUAUAGCAACAGCACGACCUGCCGGUAUGUGUUCCUGGCGGAGACCAAGUGGUUAACUACAACACUGACUGGUAACAGUGAGUACCUCAACCGGACCAACAACUUCGCUGUGCCCGUCAUCCUCGACUGGGCAGUCAGAAACGUCGGCAACUGCAGCGCCGCCAAGCGCAACACAACUGACUACGCGUGCCAGAGCGCGCUCAGCGAUUGUGUCGACUCCAAGAAUGGCAUUGGGUACCACUGCAACUGCUCCAAGGGCUACGAGGGCAACCCCUAUCUACAAGAUGGAUGCAGAGACAUCAACGAGUGCAAACACAAAGAAGAGCAAUCAUGCUAUGGUGUCUGUGCAAAUACUCUGGGAAGCCACACUUGCCAAUGCCCGCCAGGGACUAGGGGAGAUGCCACAACAAAGACUGGUUGCCGGCCGAAGGACAAUUUCACGUUAGCACUGAAACUAGUUACAGGAGUCAGCGUUGGAGUGUUCUUGCCUUUGUUCAUGUGCUUCUGGCUCUACUUGGGGCUCCAGAAGAGGAAGCUUAUCAGAACAAAGCAAAUGUUCUUCGAGCUAAAUGGAGGCCUCUUCCUGCAGCAGCAGAUAAGUAACUACAAUGGCACCAGCACAGGCACUGGUGGGUUCAAGAUCUUCUCCAAGGAAGAGCUGGAGAAAGCGACCAAAAACUUUGCAGCCGACCGUAUUCUCGGCCGCGGUGGGCACGGCAUCGUCUACAAGGGUGACCUUGAGGACAAGACAGUGGUGGCGAUCAAGAAGUCAAAGAUGACGGAAGAAGUCCCGACCAAGGAAUUCGCAAGGGAGAUGUUCAUCCUCUCCCAGAUCAACCACAAGAAUGUCGUCAAGCUGCUCGGAUGUUGCCUCGAAGUAGAAGUGCCCAUGUUGGUCUAUGAGUUCGUCUCGAACGGUACACUCUACCAGUACAUCCAUGGUAGUAGGGGCCUUGACUCUGAUACAGGAUUCCACACCUGCCUUCGGAUAGCAGUAGAGUCAGCCGAGGCAUUGGCAUAUAUGCACUCUUCAGCCUCGCCGCCGAUUCUCCAUGGAGACGUCAAGACGGCAAACAUUCUGUUGGAUGACAAGCUUACAGCAAAAGUUUCAGAUUUCGGAGCAUCAAAACUAGCACCAACUGAUGAAGCCAAGAUGGCAACAUUGGUGCAGGGCACUUGCGGUUACCUUGACCCAGAAUACCUAAUGACAUGCCGGCUGACUGAUAAGAGUGAUGUGUACAGCUUUGGUGUUGUCCUAUUGGAGCUUCUGACAAGGAAGAAGGCAUUGUACUUCGACGGACCGGAGGAAGAUAGAAGCCUUGUUUUAUGCUUCAUGAUGGCAGUGAAGGUAGGCCAGCACCAAGACCUUCUGGACAGCCAAGUGAGGGACGAGGUGAGAAUCGAAGCGCUUGAAGAGAUCACACACCUAGUUAUGAGAUGCUUGAACAUGAGUGGGGAAGAGCGGCCAACGAUGAAGGAGGUUGCAGAGAGGUUGGAGAUGCUGAGGAGAUACCACCACCACCCGUGGGCUCAAGCAGAUGGUAAUCCAGAGGAGGAACAGAGCUUGCUUGCUACGGAACAACAGAAUGUGAAUUACAAAUUCACACAGGAUUAUGUCCUUGAUUUUGAAGCAAGCAGCACAUACAGCUUUAGCUCGUAG